AUGAAGUCAUUACUCAUCCUAGCAGUCUUUAUGCUCCUUGUCCAUUUGAUCUCAGGGAGCUGGUUUGUGAAAAAGUGUGCCAACACCAGAGGGAAUUGCAGGAAGAUAUGCAAAACUGGAGAAACGAAAAUCACCCCUCCUUCUUCAAGGUGUCCCCUAACCAAACUGUGUUGUGUCACCUCCGACCAGAUUGAACAUUCAUGUGACAGCCCCAACUCUAACGAGGCAAAGCUGAUCCAGCUACGACCACCAGCGCUUAAGCAAUCAGGCCUCGAUCUCUUGACCUCGUCGCUCUAG